UGUCUUGUUCACUUUUCUAGUCUCAGUAUAGUGCUUGGCCCAUACAGUAGGUGCUUAAUGUUUACAACUGAUGGAUGGAUGGGUGGAUGGAUGGAUGGAUGGAUGGAUAGAUGGAUGGAUGGAAAGAAGGUGAGGAGGUUAAUUUAACAACCGCAAUUUGUUAAAACCCCACUUAGUCCCAAUGGUAGUCUCUCAACAGAGAUUGUAACUUGAAUACUCCAGUCUUUCCAGAGUUUGAAGGAAAGUUUAACCAACAGCAGAAAAGAGUGAAACCACUGGGCUUUCCGCCACAUGCACCCCCAUCAGCUCAUAGAGCCGAGCACUCAUUUCAUCUCCCAGUUGCAGAUGCAGUUAAGUCCCAAAUCUUCAUGGCUCAGAGUGGACCUCCCUAAUCGACAGUCCUCUCUCUGACCCCUCCUGCAGGAGGGCAGCCCCAGGUGUGUAACAGGUUCCAGAACCACAGCCUUCUGGCUCCUCCCCUUGCAUGCCAGAGUGGCGGGCCCGAGAACCUCGUUCCGAAUUUGUCCUUACAACUGUCAUAUGCUUGGUGGGAAUGUCAGCAGAAGCGUCCAGGCUGAACAGACAGUUUUUAGUUCCCCUUAUUCUCCCCCUUCUUACUCAAUAUCCUGAGGACAUAAAAGAACUUUUCUUGACUCGGUCAGCCUAGUGGGGGGAGGGAGGGGUGGCUCACUCAAGCAUUCCCCUGGACAUCACCCUGCCAGGCAUCAGAAAGUUCCACAGUCCUCAGACUCUGCAUGCUGAGCAAACACAACAGCCCAAAGUGAGGGGGCCCAGCCCCUGGCCCCAGGAAGACGAGCCACAUGAGGCCAUCCCCCCCACCUCAUUCUGCAGGAGUCAGGACACAAAAGCAGAUGUGAAGUCCCUCAUGGCGAAGUUUAACACGGGGGGCAACCCCACGGAGGAGGUCUCUGUCAACAGCCGCCCCUUCAAAGUCGCGGGGCAAAGCUCACCUUCAGGAGUACAAGCUAAAAAGAACCUAUUCAACAACCAAGGAAGUGCCAGCCCUCCUGCGGGACCUAGCAACGUACCUAGGUUUGGGUCCCCAAAGCCACCUUUGGCAGUGAAACCUUCAUCUGAGGAGAAGCCUGACAAGGAGCCCAAGCCCCCGUUUCUAAAGCCUACAGGAGUGGGCCAAAGAUUUGGACCACCGGCAAACUCAGCCACCAGAGACCCUGAGGUAAAAGUGGGAUUUCCAAAACCUGUAGGCCCCAAGCCCAUCAAUGUGCCCAAGGAAGAUUCCAAACCUGUGUUUCCCCGGCCCCAUGGGAAUAAGCCUUUGCUUCACAAUGUAAACGAAGACCACGACCUAAAGCCACCAGGCCCCAAGCCGGGCUCUAAUCCCCCAGCCCAGGAAACUGAGCAGAAGCAAGUGUUCCCCAAGUUGGCUGGGGUUAAAGGCAAGUUUGGGCCAGCCUCCCAAGACCACGACCCCAAGCCCCUCUUAACCAAGCCUGUCUUUGGCCAGAAGCCAUCCCUGAGUAGCGAUGACAGCCAUGAAGACGAGAACGCCACCAAGAACGCGUCUCUACAGAAAGGCCUCCCGACCCCCCUUGGAGCCAAGUCCAAAAUGACCCCUUUAAAACCAACAAGGCAUGACGAAGAAAAUAAAGACCAGGGAGGAGAGACGUCAAGUCCACCUUUCCCUGGCGUGGUUCUGAAACCUGCCGUGAACAGAGGAAGCCCAGGCCUCUCCAAAAAUGCGGAGGAGAAAAAAGAAGAGAGGAAGAUAGAUGCUGCUAAGAACGUCUUCCUGAGCAAAAUGAAUCAGGAGGACCCAGCCUCUGGGGCUCCUCCUGCCAAGUUCCCUAAGACGCCUUCUAAGCUGACAGGGGCAGGGCCAUGGGGCCAAAAUCAGGAGAAGGAAAAGGGAGAUAAGAAUUCAGCCACCCCCAGGCAGAAGCCCCUGCCUCCCCUGUUCACCCUGGGCCCACCGCCACCAAAGCCCAGCAGACCCCCAAAUGUUGACCUGACGAAAUUUCGCAAAGCCGCUUCUGGAAACAGUACCAACAAAGGCCAAAUGUGUUACUCAACUACUUCCCUCCCACCACCUCCACCGCCCCAUCCAGCCAGCCAACCACCAUUGCCAGCAUCUCACCCAACACAACCGCCAGUCCCAAGUCUACCUCCCAGAAACAUUAAGCCUCCCUUAGAUCUAAAAAGCACUGUAAAUGAAGAAAAUCAAGAUAGUGUCAUGCACUCUGAUGGUACUGGAAACCUAGAUGAGGAACAAGAGAGUGAAGGAGAAACCUAUGAAGACAUAGAAGCAACCAAAGAAAGAGAGAAAAAAAGGGAAAAGGAGGAAAAGAAGAGAUUAGAACUGGAGAAAAAGGAACAGAAAGAGCGAGAAAAGAAAGAACAAGAAAUAAAGAAGAAAUUUAAACUAACAGGCCCUAUUCAAGUCAUCCAUCAAGCAAAAGCUUGCUGUGAUGUCAAAGGAGGAAAGAAUGAACUGAGCUUCAAGCAAGGAGAGCAAAUUGAAAUAAUCCGCAUCACAGACAACCCUGAAGGAAAAUGGCUGGGCAGAACCGCCAGGGGGUCAUAUGGCUAUAUUAAAACAACUGCCGUGGAGAUUGACUAUGACUCCCUGAGGCUGAAGAAAAGUUCUCUCGGUGCUCUUUCAUCAAGACCGAUUGGAGAUGACCAGGAGGUAUAUGAUGAUGUCGCAGAGCAGGAUGAUAUUAGCAGCCACAGUCAGAGUGGAAGUGGAGGGAUGUUCCCACCUCCCCCAGAUGAUGAUAUUUACGAUGGGAUCGAAGAGGAAGAUACUGAUGAUGGCUCCACACUACAGGUUGAAGAGAAGAGUAAUUCGUGGUCCUGGGGUAUUUUGAAGAUGUUAAAGGGAAAAGAUGACAAAAAGAAAAGUAUACGAGAGAAACCUAAAGUCUCUGAGUCAGACAAUAAUGAAAGUUCAUCUUUUCCUGCUCCUCCUAAACAAUUGGACAUGGGAGAUGAAGUUUAUGAUGAUGUGGAUGCGUCUGAUUUCCCUGCUCCACCAGCAGAGCUGAGUCAAGGAGCCAAGGCUAAGACAGAAGAAAAAGACCCCAAGAAGCUAAAAAAGCAGGAAAAAGAAGAGAAAGACUUCAGGAAAAAGUUUAAAUAUGAUGGUGAAAUUAGAGUUUUAUAUUCAACCAAAGUUGCACCCUCCUUAACUUCUAAAAGGUGGGGGACCAGAGAUCUACAGGUGAAGCCCGGUGAAUCUCUCGAAGUUAUACAAAGCACUGAUGAUACGAAAGUUCUCUGCAGGAAUGAAGAAGGGAAAUUGAUGGAGAGAUCUAUGAUGAUAUUGCUGAUGGUUGCAUCUAUGACAAUGACUAGGUCUCAGCUAUGUUCAUUCUGCCGUGUUCAUUUGACGCCAGUAUGAAAUCUGAGCUUUAGCUGACCUAUUCGGAGAAAAUGAACUCCGAAACGACUUAUUACCAUUUGUUUUAAAAUUCUGAUUAUCUUUACGAAAUUUUGAAACUUUGGACUUAGAAAAUGAUCUUAACAUCUUGGAAGACUGCGUCAAUGAGAUGUAGAAUUAUUAAAUAUUCCAUUUCUGCCUCAGCAACAAUCAUGAAGGCGCUUCUCUGAGACCAUCAGUAGACCUCCCCUUCCUAAAAAAAAAAAAAAAAAGAAGAAGAAGAAAUGACUGUGUUGU